ACCCCCCUCCCACCCCUCUUCUCUUCUUCCCAACGCCAAGACUCAGUCUUCUCCUCAUUCUCUCUUGCCCUUGCUUUAUUAUUCUCUCUUUCUUUCUGUCUCUCUCCGUUUCUUUCUUUAUCGUCAAACAAGUCUUCUUUUAUAUACACACAACGCACUCAGUUGCAGACUUCAUAAAGGUCUGAUCCUGUAACUAUUGACAAAGCUAAUACCCACUUUUACCCCGGUUGAGAAAUCUUCAUAAUCAAUCAUACCCACAUAGAAAACUCAUUCCUUUUUCUCUUAUUUCUUUCUUUCUUGAAUGCUGGAUACAGCACCAGCAACUUAAGCUUCUCUUUCUGUUGUCUCUAUACAUUCCCACUAGUUGUUUUUUGAUGGGGAUUUGCUGGGGUUCUCCAGCUACUAAUCCUACACCUACUACCACUGGUCAUCUCAGUUCAGCUGGAAUUUCUCAGACAACUAGCAGUACAAUUUCUUCUCGCAUCAGCAACACAACAUCAUCUCGAAGCACCAAUACAGCGUCUUCUCAGGGCAGCAACGUCUCUGGGAAUAGCAGAUUUUCCGGGAGAGGCAGUGAUGAGGCCUCUUCAAAUGGGCAGAUUUUGCCCACGGACAACUUGAGGAUAUUUUCUUUUGCAGAAUUGAAGGCUGCUACCAAGAAUUUCAGACCUGACACGGUGCUUGGAGAGGGAGGGUUUGGUAGAGUCUUCAAAGGUUGGCUUGAUGAGAAGUCAACUGGAAAAAGUGGAAGUGGAAAUGUAAUUGCUGUCAAAAAGUUGAAUUCUGAGAGCUUGCAAGGAUUUGAAGAAUGGCAGACUGAGGUACAAUUCUUGGGAAGGCUAUCUCAUCCUAACCUUGUAAGGCUGAUAGGAUAUUGUUGGGAAGAAGAGGAGCUUCUCCUAGUUUAUGAAUUCAUGCAAAAGGGAAGCCUGGAAAACCAUCUAUUUGGAAGGGGUUCAACUGUUCAGCCACUUCCAUGGGACAUACGACUAAAAAUUGCCAUAGGAGCAGCUCGAGGCCUUGCUUUCUUGCACACAUCAGACAAGCAAGUGAUUUACAGGGAUUUUAAGGCAUCAAACAUAUUGCUUGAUGGGUCUUACACAGCCAAGAUUUCGGAUUUUGGUUUGGCAAAAUUUGGGCCUUCAGCUAGUCAAUCUCAUGUGACAACGAGGGUGAUGGGCACAUAUGGUUAUGCUGCUCCUGAGUAUGUUACGACAGGGCACUUGUAUGUAAAAAGCGAUGUGUAUGGUUUCGGAGUAGUCCUGAUUGAGAUUUUGACCGGCUUACGGGCACUCGAUCAAAACCGUCCAAGUGGGAGACAUAAUCUGGUGGACUGGAUCAAACCAUAUUUAUAUGAUAGAAGAAAGUUGAAGAACAUUAUGGACUCUCGAUUAGAGGGGAAAUAUCCUUCAAAAGCUGCAUUAAAAAUAGCGCAGCUUGCUUUAAAUUGUAUCGAAUCUGAACACAGGCAUCGACCAUCAAUGAAAGAAGUUGUGGAAACACUGGAAAAGAUUGAAGCAAGUGAUGAGAUACCAAGAGAGCCUAAAGCUCGUUCUAACCGCCAGCAAACCCAGCAAAAUUUGCAGCAACGCUCUCCGCUUCAUCCAAGGCCGGACAAAAACCGAGCGUAUCAACAACCUCUACGAGCGAGGUAACUGGGUUGCAACUAGUUCCUAAUGAACACCAAUCCUCAUGUUGAUAGUGGUUUGUCUGAAACAUUUGUUAUUAUCAUUAUUGAUGUGAUAUUGUAAAAUCUAUGGCGAGUUUAAUAGUGACUUGUAUGGAGAAUUAAUAAUGAAGAGGUGUAUUGAGAAGGAUGUGUGCAGAGUGAUUGUACUAGUUAAGGAGGGGAAUUCAUUGUUCUUCUGUAAAACCCCUCCAUGAUAUUGAUAUAAGACAGUUGUAGACAAAUCUGGUUGAGAUCUCAUCGGUGGUGCCAACUAUGGAAGAAAUUCAUUUUAUUUACAUUUUUUUCACUUAUUGCACAUUUGUGUAGCCUAACAAUUUAUUGGGCAUGUCUAAUUUAGUAUAUUUUCUAUUUUUUCGUCA